AAUUACGUUCCUCGUCCGAAGAACUCGUUUAUCCUUUUCCGUACUGAAUUCGUUGCGCAAAAGACGGCAUCUGGGACUCGUAGUGCCGCUGAAACGAAAAGACGGAGAGGAGCCGAAAGUGAUGAUGACGACGAUGAGGCAAAUCAGUCACUUUCGAAACAAGCGAGUGCAAUUUGGAACAGAAUGACUGAGGCGGAGAAAAGGCCGUGGGCUGAACGUGCGAAGCUUGAGAAAGCGGCGCACGAAGCGAAAUAUCCCAAUUAUCGAUACAGGCCCAUCAGGCAAAGCUCAACGAGG